AUGGUCGAUGCUGAGAAGACGUCUGCCAGGUCUGCAACCCAGAUCAGGAAAACUCAGCUGGAAAAGAAAAAGGCCCAACUGGCGGCCAAAAAUGAUGGGGCAAUGCUUAGGGUAGACGGGCUCAAGACUCCAUUUAACAAGAGACAGGAGGAGGUAAGAGACGCCAAUAAACGGGCGACUGAAGCCCUUAACUCUGCUCAAUAUCGAUCUACCUUGAAUGAUAUUAAGUCUAAAGCCAAGGAGAUAAAACAGGAGGAGAUCAUUAAGGAGCUGACAACUGCCCUAGAGAGGUCCAACAAGAAGACGUCUGACCUCGAGCUCGAGCUUAAAAAUGCUCAGUCGGAGCUCAAGGCUUUGGAGGCAGCCAGGAGUGAAAAUACCGAGCUCCGAGAAGACGUUGGCCGGCUCAAGGACGAGAUAACCAGAAUGCAGAGCGAGUACAAGACUGAGCUCGAGUCAGAGCAAGAGCGGCUGGUGGAUGAGAAUGAAAAGGAUUGCGAGGAACGCAUGAAGAUAGCGUGGAACCUCAUCCAUCCAGACUUCGACUGGGACUACUUCGGUCUGAGGUACAACCGUACAAGUAUGCCACUAAGGAAUAUGAUGCCCAGACCCUAG